AUGCCAGCUCACUGCAACUUAUUCGAAGACCCGCUGAUAAAGUGCCUCCAACCCGCUGGAGUUGAAUACUGGGCGAGUGAUAGGCGAGAAGUAGCGGAAGCGUCAUCCUGUCGACGGAGGGAUCCUGAACUUGGGAGAUUCAAAGCGCUUCCAAGACUUAUAGCUCUCGUGGGGAAACUGAUGAAUAACCGGAUUUUCUUCCAACAUCCGGAUUUGAUGCGACUUCUGUCUGUACAUGAGAAUGUGAUGUCCAUAAUGAUGAACAUUCUGACCGCCCAACAGGGCGCUGUUGAGCAUGAGGGCGAAGAAGUCAAGGAGAAAACACCCAUCAAGGUCACUGUUUACCUGUCGAGAUAUAUCGAUUUUCUUCGUUUCUGUGUCUGGAUUAACGGCGAGAACGUCGAGGAAAACGCAAAUCUUGUAAUUCGACUGCUUAUUCGUCGCCCAGAAUGUCUCGGUGUGGCUCUCAAAGGAGAGGGUCAG